AUGGGGAAUAGACUUCAUGGGACCUUUCAAACCUCCUCAAACGGGCACAACUACAUUUUGGUUGCUGUGGACUAUGUGUCCAAAUGGAUUGAAGCCAUCCCCUGCCCAGCCUGUGAUGCCAAGGUUGUUAUCAAACUGUUCAGAACCAUCAUCUUUCCAAGAUAUGGCAUCCCAAGGGUUGUUAUUUCAGAUGGAGGUUCCCAUUUCAUCAACAAGGUGUUUGAGAAGUUGAUGAAGAGCUAUGGAGUCAAGCACAAGGUCGCCACACCCUAUCACCCUCAAACCAGUGGGCAAGUUGAGGUCUCCAACAGACAGAUUAAGGCUAUAUUGGAGAAGACUGUGAGCUUCACUAGGAAAGGAUUGGUCAGCAAGGCUUGA